UGCAUUCAGCGUCUUCUUCCAGCAUGCACGCCGUGGUCUACUUUCAGCCCGGCUCGCUCGUGUCGCAUGCUUAAUCACAGAACUGCGUCGGACCUCGCUGUUAUUUUGGAGUGGCUUUGGUUGCGAGGGGGAGAGGAAAGAAAAACAAAAAAAAAAAAGAAAAUCACCAGGCAACACAGGUGGAAGGAUCUUUUUUACGAUGCUGCGGUAGAGAUGAUUGAACACUUGGAGCACGCACUUAGCGCAAUCAGUCACCGGCGCGUCCUCCUCGUCGGAAAUUGAGAUGCGGUGCACUUUUUAGGGGUCGACAACUAAGGGAAUGGUUUUUUUCUUUUUUUUUUUUUUUGGUUCCCUGAAGAGCCCAGAGGAUGUAAUGUUUUCUUUUGCGUACCGCUAAUCGGACUACAAAUCCUCCCCCCACUUGCUCCGGCCGGUCUUUUUCUAUUCUUAAGAGGAAAUAUCGUGGAGGAAUGAGCUUGACAAGAGCGCCAUUUGGAUUGUGAGCUGUUUUCAUUUUUUUCCAGAAGAAGCACCAACACCCCCCCGCUCCCCUCCCCUCCCGCCACACUGUCUUUAUCGUCUGCGUGCGCUUUCAUGGCAUCGCCGAAGCGCUCGGCCAGACGCAACGACGCCGGUCGCUGGCCGAGGAUGUCGUCAACUUUCUGGGCUUUUGUGCUUCUCACCGCGCUCUUGGUUCUCUACUGCGGCCAGCUGGCGGCGGGGACAUGCGAGAUUGUGACGCUGGACAGGGACAGCAGCCAACCGCGGCGGACCAUCGCCAGGCAGACGGCCCGCUGCGCCUGCAAGAAGGGCCAGAUCGCGGGAACCACGAGAGCCAGACCCGCCUGCGUGGACGCUGCCAUUGUUCGGAAAAAGCAGUGGUGCGAGAUGCUGCCGUGCUUGGAGGACGAGGGCUGCGACCUGUUAGUCAAUAAAUCCGGCUGGACUUGUACGCAGCCCGGGGGCCGAGUCAAGACAACCACAGCUCUAUGACGCGACGAGACUCUCCCUCCACAUUCUUGCACUAAGGAGAACAUUGACGACCCCCUUGACAGGCAGCCAGACACCACCCGCCACCGCCACUUUACCGCCACCAUCACGAGCCCGCCCGUUCCCUGGAAGCCGUCCAUCCUGCACCGUGGUCCUCACGGCGGCGGAAAGGUCUCGUAACACCAAAAGAGCACGAAAAAGGGAGCGUUUGCGGGAAUCCCCACACCCCCACCCCCACACCACCACCCUUUCCCCCCUACCAGGACAGUGGGUCAACGGCUCGCAGCAAAACACUGUUCCUUGCGAGCAACCGCGCAGGCUUUCCGACUUCUCCCACCCAGUGCCGUGUCCUUUGGGUCAAUAUGAUCUGCCUGCUCUCCACUUCUGCCUGCUCUGUCCAAUUAGCAGCUUUUGCCUGUCGCUGCGGCGGGUCGGACUCCUGCGAAAUGUCAGGGGAGAUCUGCGCCCCCCCCCCCCCAUCCGAAGUCCUCGGAACUGCUUUGAAGAUGAGAAUUCCCCGCAUUUCUAGAACAUCAGCGGGGGCGCUAGGAUCCUUUGGCGAAGUGAGCGCUCUCUGCUGAAAAUAGGCCUUCUGCUGGAGCAGACCUCACGUAUUUUUUUUAUAGACCAAAGAGCUAAAGAACAAAUGCGAGCCGAGUGGCCCAAGUGGACCCUCGCUGCUUGCGUGAGCCGUGGACACUUUGCGUUGACCGGCAUCCGCACGGAUCAGAGGAGUACUUUUGACCGUUUCCUGACUUUUCUUUCCUCGGACUGAGCCCAACACUGUACUUCGGAACUGGAGAUAUAGGUACUACAUACGUAUAAUUGUGUAUCGAGAAUUAAAAAAAAAAAAAAUCAAUUAAAAAAAAAAAAAUUAGAUGCGAUGGUCGGGCCAGCUGGUUGUGUUGGCGAAUGAAAAAAAAAAAAAAAAAAAAGAAACACGAAUGAAAAGACGGCGUAAAGAAAUGUCAUUAAAUGUAUUUUGAAAGGCCCUAAAAGUUAUAUAUUUAACAGUUUUUAUAUGUUGUACCUUUGUAGAGAAGCCUAUUGGACUUGUGGUCACAAUGACAAUUAGGAUGUGAACAAACGCUGUUGUGUUCUCAUUACCGCUGGAGCUCGUCGUCUUGGGGGUUUUUUUUCCGUUCACAAGCUCACUAGCUGCUUUCUUUUCAUGCUCAUUUCCAAGUCACUGUCCAGCAAAAAAAAAAAAAAAAAAAAAGAAAAGAAAAAGGAAAUCCUGAGGACUGACCCUGCCGCUGACUCAACAUUGUAAGUGUCUAGUAGUCAGUGGAAGCCAUUCAAGACUGCUAAUUUGCUCUGAUAUUGUAUUGUACACAAUGUGGAAUACUGACCCUUUUCCUCUCGAAGGCUUUUGAUCUCUUAAUUUAUUUCCGUGCGCGCGUCGGUCGGCGCCACGUUCCGGCCUCCCUGUCGGACGUUAGCGAGCGGAACGAGGCGGGGUUGAACAGGAAGAGCAGCGGAGAUACGACCGUCAUUGACAUACAGUAGUUUUUUUUUUUUUAACUCAUGAAAUAUUUUAAGAAUAAAUUAAAUACAAUGGUAAAAAAAAAAAAAAGGUGCCUUGAAAAUGUAGGUGGUGUUUUAUCCAUAUGCUCUUCAAAUGGAGUCCCACGGGGUCACUGAACUCUGUGAAGACCGAUAAGAAAUCAGUUGCCGUGGGAACCACAUCACACAGGCUGUGUUUGCAUUCUAAUUAUCAGUGUCUGCGGGUUCCAUAUUCGGCACGAUUGUGACAAAACAAGUCAUAAAAAUGAACUGUCACUGCUAAUGUGAUGUCAUUAUCACAGGCGGCCGCGACUAUUUAAUUUCUGAGCGUCUUUGUGAUCGCUGAUCCUCUCACGGUCGGUUUGGCGCAUAUUUAUGGUCUGCUCCUGUGCAGCGGAGUGGCAAAGGCGCGCAAUGACAGAUUCUACCCAUUCUUUUAUGCGACGACGAGCACUGUCACGGGUUUGAGGACCAUUGAGACGACUUGAGCGUUUGACACAAUAAUUAUCACUGUACACCCUGUGGUUGGGCUGCAUUGCCCCCCCCCUCCCCA